CCCGCCCCGAGUCCCGGUGCUCCGGCCCACCCCGUCCCCGCCGGCCCGGUGGCGGAGGCAAAGCGCAGUUACUCUCUGGACCUCGGAUCAUGUCGCUGCGAGUGGCGAGGAGCGUGCAGGCUGUGGCCUGCAGCCUGCGCACCGCCCUGGCCUUCUGCCCGCCGCGGCCCUGGGCGCCGAGCGCCGCCGCCGUCCGCUCACUGCGCACCGGAUCUGGUUUGCUGUCGGUGCGUAAAUUCACAGAGAAACACGAGUGGAUCACGACAGAGGACGGCACUGGAACAGUGGGGAUCAGCAACUUUGCACAGGAAGCUUUGGGAGAUGUUGUUUACUGUAGUCUUCCUGAAGUCGGGACAAAAUUGAAAAAACAAGAGGAGUUUGGCGCUUUGGAGAGCGUGAAGGCUGCCAGUGAACUCUACUCUCCUCUGUCAGGAGAGGUAACUGAAGUCAAUGAAGCACUUGCAGAAAACCCAGGGCUCGUCAACAAAUCCUGUUACGAAGACGGUUGGCUGAUCAAGAUGACACUGAGCGACCCUUCAGAGCUGGAUGAGUUGAUGAGUGAAGAGGCAUAUGAGAAAUACGUGAAGUCCAUUGAGGAGUGACAUGGCACCCUCCACUUCCAGAUAACACUGGGCUGCCACCUGCCCCAGCAUGCUUGUCUUAAUCUAGUGGAGAAUAGAGGACUUGAAAUAGCUUCUAGCAGUACCGAUGGGAGGAACCUGUUCUUGACAGUGCUCCUUAAGACCCACCCCAACUUCCUAAUGGAUGCGGCUAAACGCCGUGUACAGAUUUUUUUGAUAAUCACCAUACUAAGUAUUUAGACUAGGGGUUAAGCUCUGGAAUUUAAAAUUCUUAAGAUCCUCUGUGGUGAACAGCUGGGUUUGGUGACGGACCACCGUUGAAUCCCAGCACUCAACAGGCAGAUAUUAGUUCCAGGUCAGUCUAUAUAACCAGUUUCAGACUAGCCACAGCUACAUGGUGAGAUACUACCUACUGGUUAUAAGAAUUUCACAAUUCAAGAUAACAGUAGUGCAUCUUACAUAAUUUUGUAACUUGCCCAUAUCUACCACUGGAUUUUGGUCAGAGACUUAGUGUGUUCUCAUUGGAAAUGAUUGGGAAUGCAGAGAAGUGUGGUAUAGUGUCAGAGGCAGGAGACUGCUGUCUUUGUUUCGCCAUGUGCUGUGUUGGUUUGUUUCCCUACCGUGAAGCACUGGCUUUGCAACACUGUGAGAAACAAAUAAAACCCUCAUCCUCUUUGUUCA